UCCGGGUUCCUGCCUUCGGACUUCCGGCUCGUCCCACCUGUGCUGGCAGCCAGGCCCCUUCUUCUUCUUCUUCUUCUCCUUCUCCCUCCCGCAGCCCCGCGGCUCCCCCGCUCCUGCUCCGCGCCACGGGAGCCCUCGUGGAGCAUGGCGACACCCCUGGCGCCCACGGGCGGCGCCCGGAACGCCGCCAGCCCGGAAUGGGGAGGCUUCGAAGAAAACAUCCAGCCUUUGUCUCCGCAGGGCGGGGGCUCCGCGGUGAUCGACAUGGAGAACAUGGACGACACCUCCGGUUCCAGCUUUGAGGACAUGGGGGAGCUCCAUCAGCGCCUGCGGGAGGAAGAAGUGGAUGCCGAUGCCGCUGCUGCCGAAGAAGAGGAUGGAGAGUUCUUGGGCAUGAAGGGCUUUAAAGGGCAACUCAGCCGGCAGGUGGCCGACCAGAUGUGGCAGGCAGGGAAGAGACAAGCCUCCCGGGCCUUUAGCCUCUACGCCAACAUUGACAUUCUAAGACCCUACUUCGACGUGGAGCCCGCCCAGGUGCGAAGCAGGCUCCUAGAGUCCAUGAUUCCUAUCAAGAUGGUCAACUUCCCCCAGAAAAUUGCUGGUGAACUGUACGGUCCUCUCAUGCUGGUCUUCACACUGGUCGCCAUCCUUCUCCAUGGAAUGAAGACAUCUGACACCAUUAUCCGGGAAGGCACCCUGAUGGGCACAGCCAUUGGGACCUGCUUCGGCUACUGGCUGGGCGUCUCGUCCUUCAUUUACUUCCUUGCCUACCUGUGCAAUGCCCAGAUCACUAUGCUCCAGAUGUUGGCACUGCUGGGCUAUGGCCUCUUUGGGCACUGCAUUGUCCUGUUCAUCACCUACAACAUUCACCUUCAUUCCCUUUUCUACCUCUUCUGGCUGCUGGUGGGUGGACUGUCCACCCUGCGGAUGGUGGCAGUACUGGUAUCCCGGACCGUGGGCCCCACACAGCGACUGCUGCUCUGCGGCACCCUGGCCGCCCUGCACAUGCUCUUCCUGCUCUACCUGCAUUUUGCCUACCACAAGGUGGUGGAGGGGAUCCUGGACACGCUGGAGGGCCCCAACGUCCCGCCCAUGCAGAGGGUCCCCAGAGACAUCCCUGCUGUGAUCCCCGCUGCCAGACUUCCUGCCGUUGUACUCAAUGCCACAGCCAGGGCUGUCGCAGUGACCCUGCAGUCACACUGACCCUCUCGCGCUACCUGCAAAUCGGAAGACAUUAAAGGACAGUUCUGAGACACGUGUCUCAUAGAUGGGGUCUGCAGCUGCUACACCGGUCGACUCUUAAGCAUCUCCAUGGUGCCUGUGCUGGAGCGCCAGCCUGGGCAAGAUGGCGGGGCUCUGCAGCCAGUGCCCAAAGUGGGUCAGCUCCUCGGGGCCACUUCACCCCACCCCCACUAGCGUGCCCCUCUUGUCUGGCUAAAUAUAGACUCUGUAAUUAAAAUAAUGAUUGAAGCCUGGA